GCCAUCUGGAAUUUCCUGUUCUCUAACCGUGCUGCUAACAGUUGAUUUGCUGAGGACGAGUACCCGCAAGAUAUACCAUAUUUAAGAAAUAACGGAAGCUUUGCGUUGCUAUUGGAGUGUUGUGCCGCUUCUCCUGUUCCAGGGCUCCUGACGAGCCCCCUACUUGGAGGGCUCCCAGGGAGCUCACUUCUGCUUGAACAGCAGGCUGCAUUCGUGCGACUGGCUCAGCUGAAAAACCAGCUAGCAUUGACUCAGAUAAACAAUUUGGCUGUUGGCAGCAGAGCAGCAACCUUGACAGCCAGGUCCAGUACGCCUGCUCCCUACAUAUCCGCAGCACCCCCCUCUCCGACUGCAGCAGCCAUCAAUCUCCUUAACCUUCUGAAGAUUGCAAACACCAUGUCCCAUCCCCUCUAUAACCCCUAUGCCUCUGGGAGCCGAAGUUCCUCCCAGGGGCAGUAUGGCCUCCCCAGUACACAGGCAGAGAGGGACCCUCGGAAGGCAUCUCCUCACCUUCGACCUGCGUCCAGCUCCAGCUCUUCUAUGACUCCUGCCGGUUCUGGAGGGAAAAUCCCAUCAUUGCUGUCUCAGUCAGUGAACUACAUGUCUGAGCAAAGUAGGACCAUAAUAGAUAAGGACAUAGAGAGGUCUGUAGACAUGCAUAUUAGCAGAGCCAGGGAGGGAGUGAGGUUUCUUGGGAAACCAAUGCAUCAGCCCAUAGGCCACGACACUGGGUUUACUGACACUAAAAGAGAUGGGUUUCCCUCAGGCACAGAGAUGACCUCCUAUUCGAUGUCUUCUGCCUCUCUUGGACAUUCAGGCGUUGAAAGUGGGAGUAGCCCUUUGGACUGGUUGUUAAACCUCAAAAGGCCCACUGCUGACGAUUCCUCAAAAUUUUAUUCAUCUGCUUCAUCUAACUAUACAAGCAGUGGUGAUGAUAGGUUUAAUGCCUCUACUGAAAGAGACCGCGACAUGCAUUCCAUUCCAGGUUUAAGUGACUAUAGCUAUCCAGUACCAAACAAACCUGUUGCCCCUCUUGAGUCCAGUCGUCCCAAGUACACUUCUGAAUCAGCUGCUAACAUCCUUCUAUAUUUUGGACUUGAAAAGGAGGACUUGGAACAGCUCAUCUGUUACCCUGAAGACCAGAUCACCCCUGCCAGCCUGCCAUUUAUCUUGCGCCAAAUCCGCGUUGACAAGGCCAAGAGAUCUACAACUGCAGUUCAGUCAAAACCCUUUCCUGAACCCCAGUCUACCAGAAUCAUGAGCGGAAUGGACACGUUGACUAGUUCUGACGGGGUGGGGAUGCGCCAGGAAGAAUUGUCUUCAGCUGUUCUUCAGCCAAGUAAAGUGAUUGAAUAUGGACAUACAGGCAAAUAUACUGGAGGGGCUAGGGAUGAGAUUGGAAGGACCACUAGCAGUGGUGGGAGUGGAAGUAUGCUGCUGCUGGACACUUACGAUAGUAGCACCCACAGUCGAGAACCUUUGAAAAUAAAUACGACCCAGGUGAAAAGUAGUGCCUUGGAUUCUUCACGUGACCAGGGGAGCUGUGUUACCAGUCUCAGCUCUUCACACAGUUCAAUACUGAGUUCUGUGGCUCCCUCGAGCAAGGAUUCAACAAAACAAUUGCAGGCUCAACCACGCCAGACUUCUCAAGCAGUCCAGAGCUUGUUCUCUCUGCCAAAGAAAGGCACAGACUUGAGGGUUAAGUCUGAUGCCCCCAAACACCUUUCUUCAAAAGAAUCAGAGGCAGAUCGCCAGUCAGCCUCAAAAACCCCAUCAUCCUACACUCUUGUGUGUGGUGGGCAUCCUGACAGACCUGGCCUUGUGCUCAUUGACAGUAAAAAAGACAGCAGCACUAAGGAUCAAAGUAAAGCUAAAGGACAAGCAUCAGUGGUUCCUGAGAGGAUGAAACGGCACGAGAAGCAGCCAACGCAGAAGCAACAACCAAAGAAGCCGAUGCAACAGAAGCAGCCAUUAUCACACGGAGCUCAUACCACCGGGCCGGUGGUAUGGCGUCCUGCAUUUUCUGGUGCGAACGCAAUUCGUCCUCCUCCUCUCAUGCCCAGCAUCACGGAUGCCUCACAUGCCAUGUCACGUUCAGUAUUUAUUCCUGGUGCUCCUUGUCCUUUGGGUGUUUUUCCAACUCCACCUCAACCACUCCUGCCGCUGGCAUCUUCCAACAAGCAGGUUCCUGCAAAGAGGGCCGUAUCCAAGGGUCUUCCAACAUCAGCCAUGAUGCAUGACUAUGCAGCGUCUCAACCAAGAAUCUUUCCUCAUACCUGUUCUCUGUGUUACAAAGAAUGUACUCGUAUGCAGGAUUGGAUCUCCCAUCAGAACACCAACCUUCACCUUGAGAGCUGCAAAGUCCUCCGGGCACAAUACCCUGAGUGGGAUGGUGAGGUAGUACCCAGGCCCAGUGCUGCAGGGAAGGAUUCCAAGCCCUCACACUCAACUUCUGCCCAGACUUCCCAGCAUCGUUACCAGAAAAACAGGCAUGGAAGUCAUUCCCCUUGCCGCUUAUCCAGCCCACGUAGACACCGUAGCGUGGAGGGUCGAAGAGAGAAGCGCAGCCGAUCGCGAUCACGAUCACGAUCACGAUCACCACAUAGCUCCAGAUACACUCGCAGAUCCCGGUCUCGUUCUCGCUCCCCAUGGUAUGACCGUCAUAGUUCCUCUGACUAUCGAUCACGUUCAAGGAGCCGUGAGAGACGACACUCACCAAGGAGGAGAGAUGAGAGACGGUCUUCGUCAUGGAGAAGUGAAGAGAGGCACUCUCCAAGAAGGAGCAAUGAGCGACGAUCGUCGCCACGGAGGAGUGGCGAAAGACGAUCAUCUCCAAGAAGGAGCAGUGAAAGACGAUCAUCCACAGAGAGGCUGUCCCCUCAACGGAGAAAGUCAAGCAGCACAGAGAGAUUGACAAAGAUACUACUGGAAAGUUCAGCUGUCCAAUCUCUGACAAAAGAGUCAGACCUGGAGGCUAUGGUUAAAACUCUGGCACCUGCCUUACUGGCUGAGCUAGCCAAGAUGAAGUCUUCAUCGUCACCAACCACCUCCUCCUCCUCUUUCAAAGGAGGAAAACACUCCAGGUCCUCUCUUUCUGCUGUGGGAAAGAGCUCAUCCUCUGUUGCCUCUGUGCAAUCCUCUGUCUCAACAGCAAAGAAGAAGGUGUUGACAACAACAUCCACUAAAGCCAAGCCCAGUCUGCAGAAGAGUGAGGCAAGUGCUUCCACAAAGACUAAGUUGGGAAAGCCUUCACCUCCUACCAUGGUGAAGCUAGAAGGGAUUCUUAGUUCCCUCUCACACAAUGACGUUGUUGCUGCUGCAGAGCAGUUUGGAAAAACUAAAUCAGUUGUACUGUUUCGGUCCAAACUGCAGGCAGUGGUGUGUUUCGAGAAAGAAGAAGAUGCUAAGAAACUGAAGAGUGUAAAAACCGUCAAUAUAAACGGAACUGUAGUCACUGUUGUCAAGGAAAAGGAUACCGUUUCUAAGGAACAAACGAAACCUCAGAAGAUGCUUGAGUGUGUCUCCAGCAACUCUCCCAAGGAAAGGGAGGGGUCCAGCUCAUGCCACAGUCACCAGCAUGUACAGAGAAAGACUACACAAGGGAAAGGAAAGAAUAAGCCAACAACAGGGGGAACGGGAUCAAUACAGGGAAAACAAUCAAUAAACAGGAAACCAGCAACAGGCAAACACACCGGUGAGAAAACUGAUGCUAAAGGCUCAGCAAAAGUGUUGGUUCCUAAAGCGAAAAAUGUCUCAAGCAAGCAGACUGCCAAAGUUGAGAGUAAAGCAACUGGUUUGGAACCACCUAAAGGCCCAGAAAUUGUCACUGAAGCAAAAAUGGUAGCUUCCCAUGUGGAAAUGACCUCAAAAACUCCAACAGACAACAUAGCUGCAGCAGAAGCUCUGACAACAGAAAAGACGGAAGAGGCAACUGCAAAGGCCAUAAAUGCACCAUCCAAAUCUAUGGCUUCACAAAAUUGGCCUGAUGUGGAGACUUCCAAGCCCAAAGAAUUGGAAACAAAAGAAUCUGUGAUGGUGCUGGAAGACACAGCCAAAAUUGUGGUAACAGGAAAUGCAACCAUUUCUCAAUCGAAGCACCAAACAGAACUUGACAAAGUUAGUGUUCAGGGGAAAGAAGCUAAUGACACUGAACCAAUGGAGAUUGUGAAGACAGAAGCUGAAGUGGCAGAGCCAAUGGAAGUUGAAAUUUGUGGUAAGGUUAAAGGGGAACAGCUGACCGAUACAGAGGCAGUAGCACACAAACCAGAUGUGUCACCAGCCAAACCUUCUACUGUUUCACAUAAGAGCACAGAACUAACUCCUAAACUAGCAGACACACACAUUCAGAGCUCACAGAAUGCCAUCGAAACUUCAGAAACCUCUGUCAGAGCUGCUUUGGACACUCAGCAAAACAUUUUGGCAGAAUCAGAGCCCACUGUGCAAGGACUGGAGACCAAGACACAUCUGUCCCAAAUGCAACAACAGGCAAACCGAAGCUCAGGUGAGGCUGAUUUGGAGGCAGAUUCAACAGUUGGAGGGGUGGAAAAGAUCACAACACAAAAAGAAGCACCUGUGCCUGUUGUGAAGACUCCAAGUGAUACAGCAUCUGCCAAGGAUGUAGUUGCAUCUACCAAAACAGAGUCGGUAACUUCAGCAGUAAGCGAGCAGCAACCAGCAGCAGCCACAUCUGUUUCAGCAGCAGUUAUGAGCAAGCAGCUACCGCUGGCAGCCACGCCUUCUUCAGCUGCAGUGGUGAGCAAACGGCAACCAGCAGGAGACCUGUCCUCUUCAGCUAGAACUGCAAGUGAACGGCAACCGGCAGCAGACGCAUCCUCUUCACCUGCAGCAGUGAGCAAAGUGCAACUGGCAGAAACCAUGUCUUCUGCAGCUGAUACCCCUCUGACUAUUGGAGAGAUGGUAGAACAGCACCUGAAUCAAAAGAGCAUCUUAUGCCUCAGGAGCAAAACCUGCAAGUCACCAAAAUUCCUUGUACUGGAUCCAAAGGUGCUGUUCAUCUCCAAUCUACCGAAGUUUUACGAUGGCCGUUACACAGAGAAAGACGUUGCUAAUGCACUCAUUCCUUUUGGAUUUAUAUACAAGGAUGACAGCAUCUAUGUUAUUCCUCAGACGGGCAUGGCCUUUGCUCAGAUGCCCACAGCAAGGCAUGUGCAAAAGCUUUUGAGUUUGAAAAAAGACAUUAUUAUCAAAGGGCGUAGACCUUGGAUCCAUGUAGUGGGCAGCGGCAUUACAAUGACAACGAUCGGUUUUUAUAAAUCGCUGAUGAGGCGAAUGCAAUCUGUGGUGCUUGAUGAUGGAGGGAGAAUAAUCCUCAUCAUUGACAUUUCACCAAGUGAGGCCAGGGAGCUUAGAGAAACUUUGAACAAAAUCGGUUUUUUCAGAAACUACCUGCCUCUCCUCAAUAAGGUGUUCAUUGAAUUCGAGUCAGAUCGUGAUGCUGAUCGACUUGGAGUUUGGUACAGCCUCCUCAAACAGGCCCGUGGUCACAGAGUGUACAGGCUGAGGACACCAUCCACGAUUGCUACAGCACUACCACCGAGACUUGCUGCAAAUGCUGUUCCGGACAGCGAGGAUGCUGUUUCUGGAGCAACUAUCCCGAUGACAGAAUUUGGCGUUCCACUGGGCAGCCUUGCACCAUUUUGGAUUACGAUGACAGCUAAGCCCUUUAUAUUCCCCACUGUAUCUCCUUGGUUCAUUAUCCCAGAUUAUCUGACAGUCAGAGGAAAAGAAGACAUUGAGGAGGCCAACCGUCGAGGUUCAGUGUUCCCUGUAGUCAUGCUGACCGGUUUGCCAAGAGAAGAAUACACGCACAAGGAUGUUGCUAAGCUCGUGUGGAAUUAUUUCCCCAGACGGAAUCUUUCCACACUCUACUAUAAUGUGGUAGUCCUAACACUGCAGAGAAGGGCCUUUGUGUAUUUCAGCGAUUGGACUGCUUGCUGCAAUUUUGUCCUAGAUCACAUCAGUAAUCCGGUUUCUGUCGGACGCUCCAGCCUCACCGUCCAUUUCGUCUUGCAGUACAUGCACCCUGAAUCAAAGGAGGAGCUCAUGUACAAAUCUCUGAUGAAAUGGAGCAAUGCCCGUGUUCCAGAUGUAGAGAAUCUGGAGGAGCGGAUGCUCUCUGUGGAGAUCUCUGAGACAACUUUCCAUGUCAUCAGGAUGGUCAUGGAAGUGGUGGCAUCCAUUGCUACUUUUGUCAGCUUCCUGCCUCUUGCCAACAGGAUAUGUGUCGAGAUGGUUGACUCCAAUGGUGUAACACAGGUGGUGGAGAAGUACAAGACUUACGUUCCAGACUCUGAAUCUAAGUGUGUAACUUGGAACAAAAUUCUGCGCUUUGAGUCUUUGAAGAGCCUGAAACAGCGUCUUGAAGAUGCAAGUGAGAUUACAAUAAACCUUGAACCCGUAAACAGCAGUGUUGAUGAAAAGCCCCCAACUGUGAAAUGUCAAACACAGUCGCCACCUCCUGAACUUUGUGACAGUACGGCACAACCUGCUCUGCAGAUCAUUAACUCUGCUUCUGCUAAACCAGCACCCCAUGCUGGAUCCACCAAUUCUGAGUCUGUCACAACAGGAUCAAGUGUCACAACUGCCAGUGAUGUAGCAAUGGAGGAGGAGAAAUCGGAAACUGAAAGUGCCAUGGACUCCACUGUUGCUCCCAAAGAAAAUGAAGGUUUAAAAAGGGAAGAGUCGUCACCAUCAACCUCGUUUGCAGCUGCAGCUGAGUCACCAUCAACCUCAUUAGCAGCUGAGUCAUUAUCAACAUCGUUUGCAGCUGAGACGCCAUCAACCUCGUUUGCAGCUGAGACGCCAUCAACCUCGUUUGCAGCUGCAGCGGAGUCACCAUCAACCUCGUUUGCAGCUGAAAACACCAUCUCUGCUGUUUCCAGCCCUGCUCUGUCAUCCACAAGUGUGGUCAAGUCUGGAGAAAACUUACCAAAACUUCAUCAUAUCAACGAGUACAUGUUCAAGGCACUUACUGCAGCAGUUCGCCAGCACAGACUCACCCAUGGAAGCAAGACACAGAGCGAGGAGAAAGAGAACUCCAGCAAAACAAAUGUUGAGGCACCACAAGAAGAGGAUGAUUUUACAGAUGAUGCUAUUUCUUCAGAUGCCUACCUUUUUGAUGAUAAAAGUUUCAACAUAGAGGACUUUCUCGUUGUUGAUGAAGUUGGUGAUGACUUGGGAGAUACAAGUUUGUCAGUUUCCAAGUCCUCGUCAGGUAAAAGAGAGGGAAAAGGCUCAGAUGUGUCACCUUCUGCGCAGUGGACCUCUUCAAGGCCUUCAAAAAAAUCUAAGACCUCACCCUCUUCCUCAUCCAAAUUGACAAAAAGUUCAUCUUCUCACUCGACCUCUGUGUCACCAAAAAAGCCCAAUGUUUUAUCUGAGCCUAACAAAUCAAAUCAAAUCAAAUCCUCUACCAAAGCAUCAUCCUCUGGCAGUGUGAGUAAGACUACUCCUUCUCCAGUGUCUACUGAAAUGCCUGCCUUCCCUGGUCAUGAAAUACAACAGAGCAAGACAAAAUCCCCAGCCAAAGCAUCAAAUACUGCAUCCCCAGGUUGUAGGACCCACUCAUCCUCCACUCCAUGUGAAAUUGAAAUAACAUCAGCAGCAGCUGUUCAGACAUCAAUAGAGGCUAAUUCUGAGUUGCAUAGAGAAGAAGCCAAAGUCACAGAGAGUGAAGUUGCAAAAUCUGACCACAGAGUGUCAAUAGAGGGUGUUGCUCCAAAAACUGUUGAGCCAGACACAAAAAUAGAAACUUCAGAAAUACAGCCACCUGCACAGGGACAGAUGUUAGAGUUGACAAGCCAGGGCCUGGAGACUGAACAAACAGAGGAGGAUGACAGCGAAAAUUACGAAAUCAUUGAUUCACUUGAUGACCCGUUCUUAGACAGUGUUGAUGAUGAAAACAAAGUCGGUCCAGCAGAGUGUAGUGAAAUGGACACUUCUUUCCGAGUGGUAGACAGUGUUACUGAAGACCAAGCAACUACAAGUCAAGAGGAUAGUCACCUACUCAACGAUGACCAUUCCACAGUAAAGCAACUGUCUCAGGAAGAUGUGAAGCAAGGUAUCGAGACAUCUGAUGACGAAUGUGUAGUUGACGACACAGUUGAUCAGGGGGCAUAUAACAAAGAUAGUUCCCAAGUGUUGCAUACAGGUAGCAGGCAAGCUCCAAGGAGCAAGAGAAAUGCAAAGAGAAGAGGACAAAAAGAAGCAGCCCAAGGCAAGGAAAUACCUGAUGACCAAAUAUCAAAUGGUGAAGAGCAGCUUCAUGAAGAUUGUGGCAACAAAGACACUGUAAGGGAACCUGAUAGUGAUGCUACUGAACCAGAAACCUUUGAGAUACUGGAUUCAAUUGACGAUCAGACUGCAAUCGAAGAUGACAGCCAAAAACCUAAAGCUCCUAGUGACCAGCUAUCUAAAGAAGACAUUAGACCUGAGCCUACAGAGGUGGACUCAGAGGCUGACCACAAGGAUGAAAGAAGAAAGAAAGGGGAGGCAAAUGCUAGAAAAGAUGGACUAUCAAAGGCAGGUGGUCCAAGGACCGGAACAUCCAAAAGGGAACAGGAGACGGCGACAAAAAAGCUAGACAAGACGGUUAAAAAAUGUGAGAUACGAAUGAAGACAGACACUACUACAGCAGGUUCUAAACAAGACAAAGAGAUCAUUGAGAUGGAGUAUGAGAUAGUAGAUUCUGUUGAAGAUGAACUGGUUCAAGAUGUCAAUACCACAGAAAGGUCUGAUAGGAGGAGUGCAAGAGGAAAAAGAGAGAAUAAAAUGACAGACAUGUCAAAAUCAAACAUGGAUAAAGGGUCAGCAUACCAGAUUUUAGACUCUGUGGAUGACGAUGCUGGCAGUGAUGAACCAACCAUGAUGACAAGGUCUACGAGAAGAAAAAGCGAAAGAACUAAUGACAAUACUAAAAAAGAUCACACCUCAACAAGAAGCAGCACUCCUGCAAGAGAGUCACGUCACAUAACACUAAAGAAAGAGGAGAAAGCUCUUCUAAGGGAUAAUACACCAAUAAAGAGUGACAGUGUUAUAAGAAAGGUAAGUGAGGAUGAGGCUACCUAUCAAAUAUUGGAUUCGGUGGAGGAUGAAUUUGUUGAGGAUGGUCGACCCAGCGCAGAAGGAAAAGGCAAAAGGGGAAGACCAAAGAAAAACAUUAAAACAUGUAAAAAAGAUGUGAUGCUAAAGAAGGGUAACAAAGAUGCACCCAAAAAAGUUGAAGAUCAAGAAGAGGUGACAUAUCACAUUCUCGAUUCUGUGGAGGAUGAGAUGGCUGAUGAGCAACCUCCCAAAGAACAGUCUAAAAGAGCAAGAAAGGCAAACAUUUCUAAAAAUGACAGUCAGACAAACGCAAGUUUAUCUUUUCCUGAUGAAGAAGAGUCUACGUAUCAAAUUGUUGAUUCUCUGGAAGGUGAUCACAUUCAAGAAGAGCUGAUGACCACAAAAGAGAUGGGGGAAAGAAAGAAGACAAAAGAUAAAACUUACCUAAAAGAAGAGGUACCAACUGAACAACAAGCCGAACCAGCAAGUAGCACCAGUACUGUGGGAGCAUCUGAACAAAUGGUCAGCAAGGGGGAGAGUGUGUUUCAGAUAGUUGAUGACUUAGACGAUGUAAAUGAUGAUCCAUUUGAUACUGAAGAAUCCGGUGCAGAAAAGAAAGAAAAAACAGGCCUUAAGAGAAAAGGGAAAUCAACAACUAAGUCCCGAAGUGAUACUGCAGCAUCAGAAAAGAAUAAGAAACAAAAGUCAACCAAGAAAACUGACACAAUGGUUGAGGCGAGUGCUCUCGUGAAUCUGGAUGAAGUGAGUGAGGAGGAGGAGGAUUACCCUGAUGACACAGCUGAAGAAGAGGAGCUGAGGAAAAGGCAGGCGGUCACUAAAGAGAACCAGCUGAUCAAGGCCCGACAGAAGGAGUGGGAAGAGAGGAGGACCCGGGAUAGAGGAGACAGGGAUCGAAGAAGAUGGAGCAGCAGCAGCAUAGAAGGAGGGGGAGGGAUGAGGAGGGUGAAGACGAGAGGAAGGGAAAAGGAGGAAAAAAAUGAGGAAGAGGCCAAGCAGCUGGUGACUGUAGAUGAUGUGGAAGCAGAUGAGGCCAGAGAUGAUAGAUGGUCAGAGAGUCAUGAGUGGGAUAGGGAGAGCAUGGAGGGAGAGCUACAAGCGCUUGUCACUUUGGAUGAGGUAGUAGAUGAAGAGGUGGGAAAAGCUGAGCAAGGCAUGUUUGAGGCCCAUCCACCCUGCAAGGAGGACGAAUCAGUGGACUUCUUAAAUCUAGAGACUUUGGUGACAUUAGAUGAAGCAGGUGACGAUGAGGAAGAGAAAGCAAAUGAAGAUCAAGCUGAGACAACCUCACAAUCUGCCAAGCGCAAACACGAUGAUACAGAGGAGAAUAUGAAUUUUGUCACGGUAGACGAGGUGGGUGAGGUUGAAGAGGAGGUGGCACACGAAGUGGUAACCACUCGUUCAAGAGGCAGAGGAAAGAAGAGAACCAGACAGACCCCUGUUGGUGCGUCCUUGUCACUGGACAAAGAGCCAUCGACGUUGUGCCCUGACAUCCAGCAGGAGAUGCUGAAUAUGGAGGGAGAGGUGGAAACAGCAAGCCGAGUUGACACCAAUGAAAACUCUUCUAGGCUGGAGCCACAGCCUGAGGACGGAUGGAGGGCAAACCUGAAAGUUGUUGGUAAACGGAAGCAAGAGCUUACUGGGCCUGAAGCUAAGCGAUCUCGUUCUCAGUCUCCUUGUGUUGGCGCUGACUUCAAACUGCCACCAUUUAACCCCAACAACCCCCUUGGUCAAGAAUUUGUGGUUCCGAAAUCAGGAUAUUUUUGUGAUCUCUGCUCUGUUUUCUACCUGAACGAGACCACUGCCAAGGGCUUCCACUGCAGCAGCCAGGAGCACUAUGACAACCUGCAGAAACAUUAUCAGAAGCUUAAACAGAAACCAUCAAGAACAUCGACUCGUAGUUCUCAAGGCUCCAUUUCUGAUUGA